GUUUUUUCACUGUCAGCUGUUUUAUGUUGUCUGUCCUCAACGCCCAUUUGAUAUAUUUUACUUGAGGGAGAGAGAGAUCAGGAUUCCACUUACUUCCCCAAAAGAAGCAGCACUGUGGAGAACAGGGGUUCCUCAACAGAACUGCACCCAGGUCAAAGAGGUCAGAGAAGGAUCAGCUUUUCUCAUUAAGAGUAAAAAAAAGUGCUGAAUCAUCCCACUUUUAGGCUUCUACACACACAUUUCACCCACCACUUAUGCCAUCAGAAGCUUGCAGCAUGAGGUCUGCGAUUGGUUAAUCGUUCAAGCAUGUUGCUCGUUUGCUGGUCCUUCUUUCUCUCUUUCAUUCACCUGUCAGCGGUGUGCUCUCAGCAAGUCUUCAGGACUCAGCCCAAGAAUAUAACCCUGAAAGCGGGGGCCGCAGUGGUGAUGAAGUGUGCCGUGUUGAGGCCCUCUGGUGUAGUGCAGUGGGUCAAGGACGGACUUCUUUUGGGGCCCCAGCGCAGUCUUCCCGGCUUCCCCAGAUACAGCAUGACUGGCAACAAGGAUAAAGGAGAGUACCAUCUUCAGAUUGAAAAGGUUGCCUUGGAAGACGAUUCCCCCUAUGAAUGCCAAGUGGGCCCGUCUGAAAGCAGCGGACCAAUCAUCUCUCAUACUGUGUGGAUCACUGUACUGAUUCCCCCAUCCAAGCUCUUCAUUGAGGUUAACACAGAGGAACCCUGGAUAGCAGGACAGGAAUAUAUUGUUACCUGCACUGCCGAGGAUGCCAAGCCAGCUGCUGAUGUCACCCUGUUCAAGGAUGGAGUGGAGAUGACUGGAGCAGACUCUGUCACCAUGUCUGGCUCAGAGGAGAAGUUGGAGAAUACAGAGGCCAUGGUGAAGUUUGUUGCCCAGAGCUCAGACAACGGACGGCAGGUGGUGUGUCGAGUGAAGCAUCCCGUCUUAUCACAUCCCCUGGAGACCUCCAUCACCAUGAAUGUAUACUUCCCCCCUCAGCCUCCUGUGUUAGAGGGAUUGGAUACAGAAAUGGUGCCAGCUGGGACCAGUCUUAAACUGGUGUGCAUUUCCCAUGGAGGAAACCCACUAGCAAUGCUACACUGGACCAAGAACGGGGAAGUAAUAUCUACCAGCUGGGAAGUCGACACGUUGUCUCGCAAGGCUAGCAGCAUCCUAACGCUGCAGGUGAAGCCAGAGGAUAACCAUGCCGAGCUGAGCUGUGAGAGUGUCAACCAGGUGUCCCCACAGCCUUUUGUGCUGCUCCGCAGACUUAUUGUCUUGUUCGAGCCAGCAGAGGUGAAGGUGCUGGGAUCUUCCAAGGCAAUAGCUGGCAAAACAGUGACCUUGUCCUGCUACACGACGUCCAGUAACCCUCCAGUUAAUAUUCGCUGGUGGCUGGGCUUUCGUGAGCUCAAUCAGACUGUGGUCACGUACACUGAGGGAAGUAAUGGGGGUAUGGUGACCAUGUCCAACCUGACCCACACGGUCUCCCAAGAGGAAAACGGGCUGCCGCUGACCUGUGAAGCCUUCAACAGAGGGACCCGCUACUCCAAAAUACUUUCCACUCCCCUGCAAGUGUUCUACCCUCCUCAGAAGGUUUGGAUUGAAGGUCCUCCUGAUGGAGUCCCUCUGCACUCAGGGACUACAGUCAGAUUCAUGUGUUUUUCCACUGGUGGAAACCCCCCUGGCCGCUUGACUUGGCUCAAGGAUGGUAAAGCCGUCCGGGACACCGAGAAGCCUGUGACGACAGAGAAGGGCGUCUCCCGCGAACUGAUUCUUGUCCUUCAGCCCAGUGACAACAUGGCCAUCUACCGCUGUGACGCUACCAAUGACGCCACGAAAGUUCUUUCAGUCGAGACAAAGCUGCACGUACUUUUCCCAGCCAUCAGUGUGAAGAUUGUGGCCAAACAGAAAGAGGUGAGCAGUGGGCAGGAGUUGACCUUGGAAUGCAUCACAGGCAGCAGCAACCCCAAGGCAAAUAUCUCUUGGAACCUUGGACCUCAGAAGCUGAAUGGGGUGGACCAGGCCCCCACCAAGGCUGAAUAUGGGGGCGUAUCUGCACGCAGUGUGCUGUCGCUUCUACUCUACUCCCACCAAAACGGCUUAAGGGUCACCUGUGAAGCCUUCAGUGUCCUCUUGUCUGAAGGGGUUAACACCUUCUACAAGCUCAGUGUGCUUUACCCCCCUGCAUUUGACCCAAACCAGCCUAUACUAUUCCAAGCAAAAGAGGAUGAUGCAAUACACCUGCCACUGAUAGUCUCUGCCAAUCCACAUGAUAUUGACUGUGUCUGGACCUUUCUGGGCAAGGAGCUGCUGAAGGGGAAAGACAACAAUCUUCGCUAUCACUGGAGAGAGGGCCUGGAGAUCUGGAAUGUGACUAGGAAGGAUGCGGGGCAGUACAAUAUCAACUGUAACAAUACAGAGGGACAGAGCAACAUCACCCUCAUCUUGGAUGUCCAGUAUGCCCCCAGUGUGAGGAUAGUGACUGAUCCAGUCUAUGUGGAUUUGGGCCAGACAGCUAACCUGAUGUGCAAGGCUGAUGCCAACCCCCUGAUCUCGGGCAUGUUCUCCUGGGAGUGGCUGGGAGAGGAAGAAGAAGAGCUUGGUUUGCAGGAUGAAGAUGAAGACACUGGUUGGCUCACCAUUGCCGAGGUUACCCGGUCCCACAGCGGGCGCUAUAAGUGCACAGUAGACAAUGGCAUUGGACCCUCUGCAAGUGCAGAGGUCCAACUUGUUGUGCGCUUUAAGCCUGAGAUCCAGAAGGGGGUGCAGUGGAGCAAAGUAGCAAGUCGGGGCGAUGGCAGCAGCAAUGCUGAGGUCAUCUGCCAGGCUGAGGGGAUACCGAAAGUUCAUUUAUCUUGGGCCAAAAAUAAUGUGCCUAUGGAUUUUGCUGACCCAAGGUACGAAGAGCGGACUGUUAGGGAAGGCUGGGUUUACACCAGCAUAGUCACUAUCAUCAAUGUCAGCACAGCACUGGACUAUGCCGUAUUCACCUGCAAUGCCCGCAAUGCCCUGGGAGAGGAGCAGCUGGCCAUCCAGCUCCUCAGCACCAGUCACCCUGACCCUCCAUCAGAAUUAAAAUUAGUCAGCGUCACCCACAGCACAGUUACGCUGGAAUGGAACAAAGGCUUUGACGGUGGAUUGGAGCAGAAAUUUCGUGUCAGGUAUCGCUGGCCCGGGUCUGCCAGCUUCCUGUAUGUGGACGUCUUUCCACCAUGGGCUACCAUAUUCACAGUCAGUGGCCUGUCUCCUCAGACAGCAUACAGCUUCUCAGUCAAUGCCCUCAAUUCCAUGGGGGAGAGUGGAUAUGCUGAUAAUGAUACAGUUCUCACAGUCAUCACUAGGGAACUGCAGCCUUCAUAUGGACAGCCUGACAUGGACAUGGAAACAUUUGCCUCAGAGUCCCUGGUCAUGCCGCUCGAUUGGGUGAUAACACUGACAGUGCUGGGUGGAGUGUUGUUGGUCCUCAACUCAUUGGGCUGCUAUGUAGGUCUGAGGAAGAGAAGGGGGAAAACCCUCACAGAUGAAAAAAGUAAUCGCUCUGAAGGAUGUAUGAAAACGGGAGAGGGGUCCAUGCUGGCUGAGUUGAAUCGAUAUGAUGGAGGGGAGAUGAUCAACACAGCUGCCCAGCGCACCUUACUGGUUGACAGUGGCUCGGAACCUGGGAGCACAGUAUAUGAGACCUAUGGAGAUGAUUACAGCCAUAAGUACUACUUUCCCAUCACCAAUUUUCAGCCCUCGCUGUACUCACACCCUGAGAGACCAGAGAUGCACAGUGCCAGGUACUCUGUGGGGGCAGAAAGUCAUAACUACGAGGAGGUGAGGGACUGGAGAAUGUAUGAAGAUUUGGGCGAAGUGUCCCUCCCCCCCCCUCAUUUAUUAAUUCCCCCCUUCAUGACAGACCAUCACAGGUCUUGGCAGGAGACCAACCUCCAGGAGGCUUAUCAGAGAAGAAGGAAAGACACAGCUGAUUUGGAGACAGAAGACGGAGCAUAUGAUUCAGUAGUGGAGCAUAACUAUGACUAUGAGCUGCCAUUUGAACUCAGGGGGGAGUUAGUUUGAGAUGAUAUUUGAUUAUUUGACUGUAAACAUCUAAGCACCUGCAGGCAAAAGUCAUGUAUGAGUAAAUAAACACUGUCGCAGAUUAUUUUUCAUCAAAUCAAUAGUAGGAUAGAAUUUUUUUUUCAUUUGGUUUUAUGAUUGUUGUUUUUUGAUUACAUUCUAACAACACCGUUUUAAUACAGUAUUGACUGUUUGAUUUCAGAUGUGGGGCGGUGUGUAGUUAGACGGUCCCAUGGUUAAAAGAGGGAUAUCACCACUGGACCCUUAAGCAAGCCCUUUAGCCACAAUUAUACCAGGAACUCAGUUUAAUGUUGCGUUAGGCAAAAGUGUCUGCUAAAUGAAUGUCAAUAAAAUGUAUUGAGCCCACAAUUCACAACAGUUAUGUAAUCCCUUUCAAUACAGAUUAUUCACAUAAUUAAAAUGUAAUAUUUUUUCUGUAUACUACCAUCGUGUUUAUUGCACAGCAUAAUAUAGUGUAGCGGCAUCCCUGUAGCCUCACACCUACCUGCCUGUCAGUUGAAAUAUUAUAAGCCCAGUUCUCUUUGUGAUGUUUGCAUGUAUACUUCUUGUUCGUACAUAAAUUUCCUCCAAGAACCCUCCAUGUAGUCCCUGGAUAUGCAGUCAUGUUUUCCCUGCCUUGUGCCCUGUGCUUCUUCAGUUCGCAUCGUUGGCAUCGAGCCUUUACUGGAUAAUCAGUUAUGGAAAAGAAUAUAUGAUAUUUCUGCAUUCAAAAGCUGAAUAAUCUUCAUACUGUGAGGACUUCAACCACACAAAAUGUUCUGCUCUUUCUCCCUGUUGUACUCCUUCGUUAAUAAGUGUAUUUAUAUGCAUCAAUGAGGCAUUUACGUCAAGCUCUCCUGACACAUGCCUGCAGUCACAAAUUGAAUGACUGAAUGAGCCAGAUGAAGGCCCAGUGUUUACUGAUGACAGUAAUUUUGUUAAUGUAAGGGACUAACCUUUAAAAUGCUUCACAGGAGAAUUGCAUCACUCUGGGAUAUAUUAGCAAUAAAAUGCAGAAACAAUGCA